AACUCUGUGACGUCAGCGAAGGCCGGAGUCUGACUACCACACUCACUAGAGGGCUCGUGUGCUUGGUAUAUGGCGACCUGGGCUACCGGGAUCCGGGCGGUGCUCCUGGACGUUAGCGGUGUUUUGUAUGAUAGUGGCGGAGAUGCCGGGGGCACUGCAAUCCAAGGUUCGGUGGAGGCCGUGAACAGGAUCAGGCAGUCCGGAUUGAAACUGCGUUUCUGUACAAAUGAGUCUCAAGCCACACGGAGCCAGUUUGUGCGUAAACUGCGGGGUUAUGGCUUCAACAUAUCUGAAGAGGAAGUAACUGCUCCGGGCCCUGCAGUGACACGUAUGCUGAAGGAACGUGGACUGCGGCCUCAUUUAUUAGUGCAUGAUGAUCUCUUGCCUGAAUUUGAUUCGGUGGAUACAUCUGAACCAAACUGUGUUGUCAUUGGAGAUGCUGCUGAAAACUUCUCAUACCAGAAUCUAAAUAAAGCCUUCCAAGUUCUGCUAAGUCUGGAAAAUCCAAUCCUUAUAUCACUAGGAAAAGGACGCUAUUAUAAGGAAACAGAUGGGCUGAUGUUGGACGUGGGGGCUUAUAUGAAAGCACUAGAGUAUGCCUGUGAUGUUACUGCUGAGGUAGUGGGGAAACCAUCACAACAGUUUUUCUUCUCUGCGCUACAAGAGAUGGGAGUGAAGCCUGAAGAGGCUGUUAUGAUUGGAGACGAUAUAGUCAAUGACAUUGGGGGAGCGCAGAGCUGUGGCAUACGGGCUGUUCUUGUCAGGACAGGGAAGUACAGGCUGUCUGAUGAACAUCAUGCUGAGGUGACUGCUGAUGGAUAUGUGGAUAAUUUAGCUCAGGCAAUAGACAUUCUCCUGUCUUCUGUCGCAUCCGAUCCAUGACCUGCGAUCCACAAACAGAAAACCUUACCAGAUGUCUAAGCCUCAUAAACAAUAAAGCACAAAUUAGUCUUAGAUUAUCUAACUGGAAUACUUGAAGGUUAUACUGUACAAUGCCUUAAUUAACAUUAUUAAAUAAUAUUAUAUAGAAUAAUUGAUACAAACCACCAAAGCUGAGUCACAUUAGAAUAAAGACUGAUAUAGGGAA